AUGGCCGAAAUUCGAAGAUCAAGUAGAGCGCACGUCCCAUCGGCCCGAUGGCUCUCCCAACACCCCGAAUGGAGUAGUUACCCGUCACCUCUACCAACACCCCCAGUCGAUCCCCAGGCCCCUAAGCGUCUCCGGCCACUAGAAGAAGUGUUAGCGGAGGACUCGCAGUUACCCCAGGACCUCGAGAUUCAACCCAGCCAGGAUACUCAAUCGUCGAUCCUCAUACAAUUGACGCAGGGCGAUGCCUUAGGGAGCUCGAGGGAGCAGGAUUAUCAUGAGAUGGCAUCUCCUGUCGACAACACUAUGGGCGUAACAGUUCCUAGGGAGACAGUCGCUGCUACAGAGAUGUCAACACUGACUUCUCGAGACUCCACUGCCCCUACUACUCUCGACGUCAUCUCUCUGAGACCUGCUACAAUACCUGCUACCGCGCCCAAUUUCAAGGGGAUCGAGAUGAACGACCCCCGGUUGAACUACUUAACGAAGCCGAUAGCUACUGCUACUGAGCGAUUGACUGGCUGGAUCUGGCGGUAUGGGGUCCCUUUGGAGUCUCGAGAUCGAGAAGUAGUAUCACGAUACUGGCUCUGUACGAGGUGCUACAGAGAUUAUCUUGGCGUCAAGUUGUACAAAGUAAUCCGGGGACCUGCCGCCGUAGGUUAUGCUCGCGGAGCGUGGCGCUGA